AUUGAUAAUACGAAAUGCGGAAGUAAAGUUUCGAGAGGAGCGUUCCAGUCUAAUGAUAAGCCUGCAUUUUAUCAAGUGUUUUAUCGUCUUGGUGGCGUCUCAGUUGGUGUUGAAGUUUUGCAAAGGGCUGAUAUAUAUUUUUUGAAUACAUGUUCAAAUUAUCCUAAAAGAAGCGAGUCAAGCAGAAGGUGUUGUUUAGAGGAGUGAUGUUAUAGAAAUUCUUGUUUGCGUAAUUUGAGCUUAGUGGCGGUGGCAAAUUGCCUGUCUAGAAUAUGCCAAAAAGAGAUAGUUAUGGCCGACUUGUUGGCUAUUUGGAUGUUGAAAAUCAAGAGUUCGUAAAUGCCUGGCGAAAACGAUACGUACUUCUUGAUGAAACUUCUUUGAAAUUUUACUACGAUACGAAAGGUUUUCAGGAUUUGAAAACAGCUGCUCCCUGUGAAACAAUCAAUUUGACAUAUAUUACAAAGGUUGCUAUAACGACAAGUAAACCAAAUGCUCAAUUUUGCUUUGAAAUUCAUAAAGCUUCACAAAAGUGGUACUUAAGAUCUGAUGAAGAGCAAGAGAUUGAAGAAUGGUUUAAAGCUCUACACAAGGCUGUUGUGAAUCCAUCUGGUAACAACAGUGACGUCUUGAGGGGUGCAAGCAUCCGCUCAACUGACAGCAAUGACUCAAUAGAUCCCAAUGAUCCACAAAGUGCAACUGUCUAUGAAACAAAUAUUGUUGGUGGAUUAGCAGUUAAAACUAAAAAGAAUGCUGGUGAAACAUCCUUGCAACCCAGUGGUCAGAAUAGUCUUGAAUCCAACGUGGCACUUAAGCCAAUCAAAGAAGGGUAUUGUGUCAAGCAAGGUGCCGUGGUGAAAAGUUGGAAAAGAAGAUACUUAAGACUGGACAGUUGCAAAUUUUGUUAUUAUGAAAAAGAAACAGAUAAGGAACCUCGAGGGUAUGUGUCAGCCACCGAGUUAAGAGCAGCUAAGGAACAUGAAGGGGUAUUUAGCAAUAAAGAAAACGUAUUUGACGUGAUUACUCCUAACAGAACAUACUAUAUCCAGGCAGAGUCUAAAGUUGAAAUGUCAGAAUGGAUCAAAGCUUUUAAAACAGUGAUACGUUCCAUCAAAGGGAAGUCAACUGUGGAAAGCAAUUCUCUCAAAAUGGGAUGUUUGUGACUAGCUGACUGCUAUUUUAUGACAAUGGAAUGUGUUGCAACAAAUUUACAUAAACCUGCUUGUAAGAUAUAUUUUAACUGAAGCAUAUACACACUUAGAUCUUUAAAUUCUUGUAUUUUCUUGUAAACAUUUUAACAUUUUCAGCUCUUCUAGUAUUUUGGUUAUUAAUGAAGAGUUAUUGUGCAUAAUAACAUCAGUAUGAUAAACAAAUUUAUAUCUUAGUGA